ACAUAAAGUCAGGAUAUAAACCAUCCAAGGAUAGUUUCAGUGAUCUCUCUCUUCUCUCUGUGAGGGAAGGAUGGGGUUCGGGGACUACCUUGCAAUUGGUAAGGAAGAUCCAUGUCAUCAACCUCCAACUUUCAUUGAGUGGCUCAAACCAUCAAUCUCAACCUCCUCUCCUUCCUCUUCCUCUUCCUCUUGUCUGACCGAACCCGUUCAUCUCACGAAUCCCACGCUUUUCCCGGGCUCGCCCGACUUGUUGCACCGGCAACAGCAGCAGCAAGAACAGCACUCCCUCUACGAGACCAUCCGGUGCUUGCCUCUCCUGAGCAAGCUCUCCGAGACAAAGCCACUGAAGCAAGAGGAAGGAGAAGGAGGAGAGGUCACAGUUGUCGGAGCGGUAGGAAGAGAGAGACGGCAUGAAGCUGGAGAGCCGCGAGCAGAGGACGUCGCCGUGGGGUUGCACAUUGGGUUGCCGCUCGGCAGCACGGGCUGCGGGUCCGGCGACAGUCUUGAGAAGAGCAAGUAUGGCUUCGACGAGCCCGUGAUCGAGGAAGGGUCUCACAAGAAGAACCUGUUCCAUGGCGGCUACUCCAGCUUCAAUGGGGAGAGCAGGUUUUGGAUCCCAACGCCAGCUCAGAUUCUCGUGGGGCCCAUGCAGUUCGCUUGCGCCAUCUGCAACAAGACCUUCAAUAGGUACAACAACAUGCAGAUGCAUAUGUGGGGACACGGAUCGGAGUAUCGAAAGGGCCCGGACUCACUGAAGGGCACACAACCGGCAGCGAUGCUGAGGCUGCCGUGCUACUGCUGUGCGCAAGGCUGCAAGAACAACAUCAACCACCCGAGAGCCAAGCCGCUCAAAGAUUUCAGGACCCUCCAAACCCACUACAAGCGGAAGCAUGGCACCAAGCCGUUCAUGUGCCGCAAGUGCGGGAAGACCUUCGCGGUCAAAGGCGAUUGGCGGACCCAUGAGAAGAACUGUGGGAAAUUAUGGUACUGCACCUGCGGUUCCGACUUCAAGCACAAGAGAUCGCUCAAAGACCACAUCAGGUCAUUUGGAAGGGGUCACUCUCCGCACCCUUCUCUCGAGGGUUUCGAGGAUGAGAAGGAGUGUGUCACUACCGGAUCCGAGGACGAACUUGCUCGUUCGUGAUCAACUAUAAGUGGUGUUCCAUUUUUUCCCUUUUUCCUUUUUCGGGUCCUUUCGUCUUUUGGGUACUUAUGGCUUGCUUUAAGAGGGUCACGUAAAUGAAACUAGACGGACUUAUCUGAUGAGCUCGUGCUCGGUAACAAAAAAUUCCCGACGACUUGCUUGAGAGGCAAGUUAGGGUUAGGGAUUGGUUUGUUACGGAGCACUUGCCGAGCGGUAAGCAAGUAAAAAUAUUAGAGAGAGUUGGAGUAGUAUGAUUGCCACCAAUAAACCGAUCGCCUCGGUGGUGAAGCAGAUGAAUUUUCUUCACUAGAUUAGCAGCUCAAAGAGAGAGGGAGAGGCUUUUGCUGUGCCUCAGCAAGGAGAAAAUUUGUCAGCUUCAUCGCCAACUGGUAAUCUUACUUUGUUUGAGAAUUGUGGUGUUGUUCCACCAAUUAAUUGCAUGGUCUUUUUUCUAUGUCUA